AAUAGUACAAUGGAUGACCGUUCGUAAAAAUGGGAUGCAAGGGAACGUUAUAUGUGUUGGUCAUGUUUAAAAACACUGAAUUUUCAAAGUAGUUUAAUUUUAGUGUUAAUAGUGUUAAUACAACUACGGCCAUGGCUAUUGUAUUCGCUAGCAGCUAUGGUUGGUUGUUAGACACAUGCUCUUUCAUUGACGAGGGAUUUCGAGAAUGUGUGGGCUGUAGGGUCGCGACUCAUAAAAGGUACUUUACAUGCCGUUUCAAAAGUCACUUUUUUGACAUUUCGAAGCCACAUAUUGUGGACAAAUCCCAGAGUUAUAAUGUGAGCAGUUGCGGCCUGUCAGACAAAACUUCUCCUUCCAAAAGCGAAAAUGAUACUACAGUUGUUCCGAAAGCACGAAAGAAAAGGAAGAGAAAAUACUGUGAUCUCAAUCAAGGAGAACUUGAUGCCCAGGCCUACCACGAAAGGGUUCGAUCUCUGGUUCUUGAGGGUCAUCGAUCUCUUGUGGAGGCUGGUUAUAAGACCGGCUACUUUUCUGACAAGCCAUCGGUGCCUGGUCAGCCCUUGCCCUCUCUUCAUGAAUGCCGUUUGGCAGCUCUGUGCGACAUGGCUAAAGAACUGCCUCCAGUGGAAGAUGACACGCAUGACAUCACGCAGGUGGUUGAUGGGGACCCAUUGACGGAUGCGCAGCUGGACUUGUUCUCCAGGAUCACGGAAAACCCUGAUGACUACGCCCGUGAGGUCACGCUGAUGGGGGAGAAGUAUUUCCUGCCCCCAUGCAGCCGUUUCUUAUUGGCUGAUAUCACACGCACCCAACCCCUCAUCUCAAAUGGAGAGAGAUUUGACUUGAUAGUCCUGGAUCCGCCAUGGGAGAACAAGUCUGUGAAGCGUAGUAACAGGUACAGUUUUCUGCCCUCCUCUCAGCUCAAGCUGCUUCCUGUUCCGAUGCUGAGCCGCCCCGGAUGUGUGGUGGUUACCUGGGUAACAAACCGACUGCGGCACUUGCGUUUCGUCAAAGAGGAGCUCUACCCUCACUGGGGUGUAAAAUUACUUGCUGAAUGGCUUUGGGUUAAGGUGACAAAGGCAGGUGAUUUUGUGUUCCCUCUGGACUCACCACAUAAGAAGCCCUAUGAAGUCCUGUUAAUCGGCAGGUACCAUGGUAACGAGGACAUUAACAGUCCUGCAGAAGAAUCGGAGAUUCCAGACCAGAAGCUUCUUAUCAGCAUCCCAUCAAUACUGCAUUCUCACAAACCAUCACUUGCAGCUGUGAUGAAGCCGUAUGUUAGCCACGAUGCUAAGUGUCUGGAGAUGUUUGCGCGGAGCCUUCAGCCACGGUGGACCAGCUGGGGAAAUGAAGUCAUCAAGUUUCAACAUGUCAGCUACUUUUCCACAGAGAACAGAGAAGAAUCACCCAGUGCACCUGUUCUUUCAGAGUCUCAAAAAACAAGCGAGCAAUGAAAUGUCUUAAAAAAAGAAAAAAAAAGUUAUUAGUUAUUAAAUAAGAAUUCAUUGUUCUAAAAG